ACGAAUUGCUCCAUUGCCACCGCCGCCGUCCAUCCACUGCAACCAUCUCUUUCAGCUCCGGUGGCUGGCUGGUUGGUUGGUAGCUAGCUCCACUCUUUCGAUCAGCUCGUCGUCCCGAAUGGCGGUCAUGACGGAUAUGCCGGCGGUGACGGCGCUGCGUGCCCCGGCAUCCACCGCCGCCGCGGCGGGGAACCACAAGGACGCCGAGAAGCUCAGGUUUAUCGAGGAGAUGACCUCCGACGUCGACGCCGUGCAGGAGCGCGUCCUCGCCGAGAUCCUCGCGCAGAAUGCCGAGACCGAGUACCUCGCGCGCUGCGGCCUCGACGGCGCCACUGACCGCGACUCCUUCCGUGCCAAGGUGCCCGUCGUCACCUACGAGGACCUGCAGCCCGACAUCCAGCGCAUCGCCAACGGCGACCGAUCCGCCAUCCUCUCCGCACACCCCAUCUCUGAGUUCCUCACAAGCUCUGGGACUUCGGCUGGUGAACGGAAGCUGAUGCCGACCAUCAAGGAGGAGCUCAACAGGCGGCAGCUGCUCUACAGUCUCCUCAUGCCGGUCAUGAACCUGUACGUUCCGGGUCUGGACAAGGGGAAGGGCCUCUACUUCCUGUUCGUCAAGUCGGAGACGACGACGCCGGGCGGGCUCACGGCGCGGCCCGUCCUGACAAGCUACUACAAGAGCGACCAGUUCAAGAACCGCCCGUACGACCCCUACCACGUCUACACCAGCCCAACGCCCGCCAUCCUCUGCGCCGACGCGUUCCAGAGCAUGUACGUGCAGAUGGCGUGCGGCCUGUGCCAGCGCCACGACGUGCUCCGCGUCGGCGCCGUCUUCGCCUCGGGCCUCCUCCGCGCCAUCCGCUUCCUCCAGCUCCACUGGGAGCAGCUCGCGGCCGACAUCGAGGCGGGAUCCCUCACCCCGCGCGUCACCGACCCGGCCAUCCGCGAGGCUGUCGCCGGCAUCCUCCGCCCCGACGCCGAGCUGGCCAGCUUCGUGCGCGCCGAGUGCUCCAGGGGGGACUGGGGCGGCAUCAUCACCCGCGUCUGGCCCAACACCAGGUACCUGGACGUCAUCGUCACCGGCGCCAUGCAGCAGUACAUCCCCACGCUCGAGUACUACAGCGGCGGCCUGCCCAUGGCCUGCACCAUGUACGCCUCCUCCGAGUGCUACUUCGGCCUCAACCUCCGCCCCAUGUGCCACCCGUCGGAGGUCUCCUACACCAUCAUGCCCAACAUGGGCUACUUCGAGUUCCUCCCCAUCGACGAGGCCAGCGGCGACGUGGCGUCGGGCGACGCCGCGCACCUCGUGGACCUGGCCAAGGUGGAGGCCGGCCGCGAGUACGAGCUGGUCAUCACCACCUACGCGGGGCUCAACCGCUACCGCGUCGGCGACAUCCUGCGCGUCACCGGCUUCCACAACGCGGCGCCGCAGUUCCGCUUCGUGCGCCGCAAGAACGUGCUGCUCUCCAUCGAGUCCGACAAGACCGACGAGGCGGAGCUCCAGCGCGCCGUGGAGCGCGCGUCCGCGCUGCUCCGCCCGCACGGCGCCUCCGUGGUGGAGUACACCAGCCACGCGUCCACCAAGAGCAUCCCGGGCCACUACGUCAUCUACUGGGAGCUCCUCACCAAGUGCGGCGGCGACAGCGCCAUCGCCGGCAACGUGCUGGACAGGUGCUGCCUGGAGAUGGAGGAGGCGCUCAACACGGUGUACCGGCAGAGCAGGGUCGCCGACGGCUCCAUCGGGCCGCUGGAGAUCCGGGUGGUCCGCGGCGGCACGUUCGAGGAGCUCAUGGACUACGCCAUCUCCCGCGGCGCCUCCAUCAACCAGUACAAGGUGCCUCGCUGCGUCUCCUUCCCGCCCAUCGUCGAGCUGCUCGACUCACGGGUCGUGUCGGCACACUUCAGCCCCGCCCUGCCGCACUGGGCACCCGCCCGGCGCUCAGACUAAACCGUGGCCUGCCUGCGUCGAUCUCGAUGGACGCUCCAAGCAAGGAACAAGACAAAACAACUGAAUUAGUCAACGGUGGGCUGCAUCGUCUUCAGUUCACUGCAGUAGAAUCGUCAGUAGUCCCAGCAGUGGUGGUAGUAGUAUUUAGUUUUUGCAGUUUUUUUUUUAAUCGUACUCAAGAGGCAGUUAGUCACACUUGUGUUGUUAGGCCAGUUGUUUAGUGGAACGUCCUCGUAGGAGCAAGGUGCAGUGUUGAGUGAGUAAUAUGUAACGUGGAUUUGACUAUGCUGAAGCUAGAUGUUGUUUGGUGUUA